UGGAUUUAAAUGGCAGCUUCAAAACAGCAUACCAAUUAUGAGGGCUCAAUCCAGAGUCACUGUACAUGGGUGGGGCUUGGAUGCCUGUUAAAACCUAAAAAAUUGGUACUACGUUCCUAGACUUCUGACUGCUGGUUGCUACACCUCCUUGUACUCUACUCAAUUAUUUUUUUCUAAAGGUACUGAAUACACACCUGAAAAUGUCAGACACGGAGGACAUUACAGAAUAUGAGGAGCAAGAGGUAGAAGAGCAGCAUGACGAAGUGGAAGAAGAAGAGGAGGAGGAGGAAGAGGAAUCCAGAGCUGAAGAACAUGAAGAAGUGGAACAAGAAGAACAUGAAGAUGUGGAGCAAGAAGAUCAAGGAGAUGUGACCGAGGAGCAAGCAGAAGAACUGAAGCCCAAGCCAAAGCUGUUUCUCCCAAAUUUUGUGCCACCCCGCAUUCCUGAUGGAGAAAGAGUUGAUUUUGAUGAAAAACGUAGAGCAGAACGAGCAGAACAUCAACGAAUCUGUGCAGAAAGAGAAAAGGAGCGUCAAGCUCGAGUUGCUGAGGAACGAGCACGGAAAGAAGAAGAAGAAUCAAGAAAGAGAGCUGAGGAUGAUGCAAAAAAGAAGGCAGCUUUGUCCAACAUGUCACUGCAUUUUGGUGGUUACCUACAAAAGACAGAGAAAAAAUGUGGAAAAAAGCAAACAGAGAGAGAAAAAAAGAAGAAAAUCCUUGCAGAACGUCGCAAACCUCUGAAUAUCGAUAAUAUGGCAGAAGACAAACUGAAGGAGAAAGCAAACGAACUGUGGCAGUGGAUGUACCAACUAGAGGCCGAAAAGUUUGACCUACAGGAAAAGAUAAGAUGUCAGAAGUAUGAGAUCAAUGUUCUAAGGAAUCGUGUUAGUGAUCAUCAGAAAGUAAAAAGCUCCAAAGGUGGCCGAGGUGGAAAAGGAAAAGUGGGAGGCCGCUGGAAAUAGUUGGAUGGCAUCAGUAAUUAAGACUCUCUAAAAAGAGAUGAAGAGAAAUGAAAGGCCAAAGAUAUGCCCCCAACUGUCGUCUUUGGUAACAAGGAAGAGCUACAAUGUAGAAGUACUGCGGCUCAAACUCAAUAUCUUGCACUGAAAGCCUAGCAACAUUGCAGGAGAAGGAAUCAAAAUGUCCACAAUGAAAAAUAGCUUUGGUCAUAUAUCUUUUUUUAACUUUUGUGUGACACCAAAUCUUUGUUAAUAAAAUAAGCAGUGUAUGUUCUAUAGAGCUGUGCUAAAAUGGGUCUUAUAUGAAUGCAUAAAGAUGACACAAAUUAAAAAUAUGUAUGUCA